AGGAGCGAGGGUAGAGAGUGCGAGCAAGAGAUGUUCUGUGAGCACUCGAGGGCACGAGGGUGAUGGCAGCAGCAGAAUGAAUAGCGUGCUGCUUGCGCCAGACGGGUGAGUGUGCGCCGGUUGAGGGAAGCUUGUCUCGGCCUGCCCUGUGUCGUGAGUUGUGAUCGUGGCGGUGAAUCGGCGCGAAGCUAGCUCAACCCGCUGCAGGCAUCAACGUCGCCGACGUUAUGUCCAAGUGAAUAUAUGGCUUCUGGUUGUACUACAUCUAGGAAAGUGGCGUGAGGUGUGUGUGCCUAUGCUGUGCGACCGCCGCGAUGAUAGGUUUAAAUCUUCGAGUCACCGGGCACUGUAACCAGGGUGGCCGUAAAUACAUGGAAGAUGCCUUCGUCGUCGCAUACCAGCAGACCAAGGACAAGACAGACCUAGAGUACGCGUACUUCGGCAUCUUCGACGGUCACGGCGGUCGUGAAGCCGCGCUCUACGCCAAGGAGCAUCUUCUAGACGCUAUUGUUAAACAAAGUGACUUCUGGUCAAACAACGAUGAGCACGUGCUGCGUGCCAUCAAGCACGGCUUCCUCACUACACAUCUUGGCAUGUGGAAAGAAGUCGGCAAGUGGCCCAAGACUUUGUCGGGUUUGCCAAGUACAUCAGGCACGACUGCAAGCAUCGGUUUUAUUCGAAGGGGCAAGCUGUUCAUUGGUCACGUUGGAGACUCACGUAUAGUUCUUGGAAGUGAAAGCAUGGGUGGGGAGAACUGGUAUGCGCAGCCACUGACGCAUGAUCACAAGCCUGAAAACCCACGGGAGAAGGAGCGCAUCCACAGUGUGGGUGGCCUGAUCAUGAACAAGUCUGGGGUGGACAGAGUUGUUUGGAAUCGGCCUUGCGUCGGUCACCGUGGCCCUGUCCGGAGGAGCACCCACUUUGACAAAAUCCCCUUUCUGGCUGUGGCAAGAUCAUUGGGUGACCUGUGGAGCUACAACUACACGGCAGGCAAAUUUAUAGUGAGCCCAGAGCCUGAUGUCAGUGUUGUGAAGAUUGACACACGACGAGACCGCUGCAUUGUCAUGGCCUCUGAUGGCUUGUGGAACAUGGUGGACAUCUCCGAGGCGGUUCGGUAUGUGCAGCAGGCAGAGCGGGACAAUGAGCAUGCAUUCCUCGAAGCUGCCCAGGCUGGCUCGCAAGAUUACCAGGUGUACAACCCUUCCAAGAUGUUGGUGGAUGAAGCCCUGUACCGCUGGAACCGUUUCCAAACUCGUGCUGACAACACAAGUGUGGUGACGGUGAUGCUUGAUCCAGCAGGCCCCUCACGUAGCGAGGUGCUCCUGCGUCAGCGAUAUCUGUACAGACUGCGGCCUAGGGAGGAAGCGCGAGAACCACAAGCACCGCCAUCACCAAAGCCUGGGUUCCUUGCUCCCGAUGAGCGAGAGCUGAGCCCUCCAAGGUCUCCAUCCAGUGAUCCGGAAAGUGAUGAGCCAGAAGGAAUGCGAGGCCUUCCACAAGUAGUGAUCCUGACGCCCAAGCGGGUCUACCCGCCAUUUUCACCACCCUCCUUGAGACCAGGGGCUGUGCAAGAGCAAAGCCAAGAAUCAAGGCCAGAGCCGAUGCCAGAGCAGAGUUCAGAGCCAAGACCCGAGGAGCGUCCAGAGCCAAGUUCAGAGCUUGAGCGCAUUCCCCAGGAGCAAAGAAAAGAGGCCAGUGACAGUGAGGGAAAUAAAUGUGCCACAGCUGGCAGCCAUAAACGGCGACUGUCUUUAGACGAAGCCGAUUCUGAGGAAGUAGCCCAGAAGCGACCCCACGAUGACAGCGAAAGCGAAGCAACCGGUGCCCCUGCUGAUAAUCUCGAAAUGCACACACGCAAAACAAGACUAUGAUUUUAUAGCUGGAUGCAUCUCAAAUUGGUGUGUUUUUGUGUGUGUGCAUAUACAUUCGUGCGUUUGCAUGCGGGAAGUGCCUGUCGUGGCCACUAAGUGUGUGCCCAGCAAUUCGUCCACCUGCUAGCACGCCUGCGUGCUGGCUAGUGAUGUGUCGCAGCUGAGUGAUGUCAUUGUGGCACGGAACUCUGCAGCUCUUUCCAAGUCUUCACAUCAGUAUUUAUAGCCAUUUUCAUGACAACAGCAUGUGUGCGUGCAGGAAGACAGACUGAAAAAACACCCCUCUUGGAAGAUACAAUGCUGAGACACGUGAUGUCAAAGUUGCAUUAACACGUUUUGUCUUGUAGUGUAGAGGCGUAAGCCUAGCAACGUCGCACUGCCAGGAACCACGAUAACCUCUCUCUCAUUGGCUUGCUUAGUGUGAGAAGCGGCAGUGAUGGUAGUGAAAUGUGAUACACCCUUAUAUGGGUUUCUGUAGACACCACCCCUGUGUACUGAAUGUUCACAAGAGAACCCAGUUAUUCAGCUGAGUUUCCAGUACUACUUGUGGUUGUGCGUUGCACAAUAGCAUGGCGAAUUUCGACAUGCAUUUUUGUGGCACUUGUUCCUAAAAUUUGGGAAAGCAAUGGUCUCCACACACGAUACAAUGUUUUAUUCAGGCAUUGUGGCUACUGCCUCGACCACUGCCCCCAUUAAAGUUCUAGUUUCUUUGUGUAUAUUGUGCAGUAAUGUUUUGAAUUCAAAUGUGCUGUGCACGCUUUCCAUUUAUGAGCCUGCUACUUUUUUUUCACGAGUUUUCUUUUAUCAUGGAAUGUUUUAGCGGCAGGGACAUUGCAAUCUUCCGUUCUGUUUGCUUAAAAUCUUAAAUAGCAUAUAUCGCGAAGCAGCACAUUGUGUGCUGCCUAUUUUUAAGGGUGACUUAAGGCAACUGCAGUUGGUGUUUUUGUACAUUGUACAAGAUUACAAUUUUCCUAUUUCUUUCACCUGUUUGUGUCAUUCUCUCAGGUGCUUGUGGAAAUCACUGCCAUUGACAGGAGUAUAUUCGAAUGAGGCAACGUUGGAAGCCUGUUUAGUUUUCUCACUUGCAUGAGCCUUCAUAAUGUGUAUAAGGAUGCUGAAUCAUUUCUCCCUAAUGUUUCUGUAAUAUUAUUUUGUUUUAAUAUUGUAAUAUUAUUUUUGUGUGUAGUGUUCUUGUUUUGUGUGGCAUAAAAAUAUCUGCCAGGAGCACUACAGUGCAGAGUGUAAUUUCAAGCUGUUGUGUGCUAGAGCAACGCCGCUCAGCAGUUUUUCCCCACUUCACGUAGCUCUCAGGAUAAUUUUUGUCGGCAUGUUAGUACUACGAGUGACUGGUGGUUAAUGUUUUUUUUUUUUUUUGCGAGGUCCAACAAACUAGUUUGAAUUGUACAAAGCUGGAAUAAUGUAUAAAAUAAAAUGAUUUUUAUGUGGAA